UCUUCUUCUUUCUUCUCAACUGUUCUCCGUGUUCAACUCGCGUUUUUAGCAGACAAAGCAGAAGUAUAAAAAGAGAGAGAGAAAGUAGUUUCUAGAGAGAGAAAAUCAAACACCACACCAGCAGGCAGUUUCUAGAGAGAGAGAGAAAAAAAGUAUACCGGAUUAUUCGAUUUUCCGGCGACUGUAUAAAUUAUUUUUUUCCACUGAAGUUUUCCAUUAUUUGUACACUCAUUGUCAAUUGAUUUUUGUUUCCAUCGCGAUUUGGUAAUUUUAGGUUUUUGAGAUCGGUCAGAGUUAAGGUUUUUUGGGGGGUUCCGAUUCAGUUUAUCGAUCGGGUUCAAGUUUUAAUUUUUUUGAUUGUUUGAAUUGAAUUUGGUGAUAAGAGGGAAAAAAAGGGGAAAAAAGAGGGAUUGAAAUUUGUUUUGAAGUGAAAGGAGGGUUUAGGUUGAACGAUAUUGACCGCCAUGGUUGGUUUGUGAUGUAAUAUGGCUUUGGUUGGUACAGAUAAAGAUAUGUCGUUUUACAUUGGUCGCGAGGCUUCAAAGUUAUGGAAGAGAUUUUGUGCGGAGGUAACAACAGAGAUCAAUCUUCUUGCUGAUAAUUGGAAAUAUCUUCUUGGUGGUUUGAUUUUUCAGUACAUCCAUGGACUUGCUGCUAGAGGAGUGCAUUACUUUCACCGGCCUGGACCAAUUCUUCAGGAUGUCGGCUUCUAUCUUCUUCCGGAGCUUGGACAAGAUAGAGCUUACAUAAGUGAAACUGUAUUCACCACCAUCUUUCUAUCUUUCAUCAUGUGGACGUUCCAUCCUUUUAUUUUCAAGACCAAAAAGAUCUAUACAGUUCUGAUAUGGUGCAGGGUCCUGGCAUUCUUAGUUGGUUGUCAAUUCCUUCGGAUCAUAACGUUCUAUUCUACACAGCUUCCUGGUCCAAACUAUCACUGUCGUGAGGGUUCAAAGCUUGCCACUCUUCCUCCUCCUGACAACAUUUUACAAGCACUGUUGAUUGUUCCUCGUGGUAUGCUUUAUGGUUGUGGUGAUCUAAUAUUUUCAUCUCACAUGAUAUUCUCCCUAGUCUUUGUCCGGACAUACCAGAAAUAUGGAACACGAAGGUUUAUAAAACAGUGUGCUUGGUUAGCUGUUAUUGCACAAAGCUUUUUGAUUAUUGCAUCCCGCAAGCAUUACACUGUUGACGUCGUUGUAGCAUGGUACACUGUCAACCUUGUAGUCUUCUUCAUUGAUAAAACAUUACCAGAACUGCCUGAUCGCACUAGUGCCUUGUUGCUUCCGGUCACCAAGGAUAGCAAAUCUAAAGAAGAGAAUCACAAACUGCUGAAUGGAAAUUCGGGAGAUCCUGCAGAAUGGAGGCCCCGAACCCAAAUCAAUGGGAAGAUUGUGGAAGAUGGCAAAACAGUACAUGAAACAGUGAUUAAUGGUGUUUAGACUAUAAAACUUCAUGGAAUGCCACUAACUGAGGCCCCCCGGUACAUAGACUGGUAACAAUGCGAUCAUUACAAGUUGUGUUCUUCCAAGUUGAAUAGUUUUGGUUUUAGUGUAGGAUACGAAAUGAAGGUUGAUUGCUGCGAUGCUAUGUAUGUGUCGUCUCCACGCCCCCCCUUUGUGGUUAACUUUAAUGUUGAUCAAAUGUAUCAAGAAAUUCAUUUUAUUUUUUGGUUAAUGCAAAUUAUUUUUCUGAAA